UCUCGAUCGCGCUCCAUCGUGAAAUGGCGUCAUUAGUCACUCGCGCCAUUUCUAUUGCGCCGCGGUGAGGUCACACCGGGACAGCGCGCGGAGAUGUGGAGACUCGAGCCCGCGGAGACUGCGCAAGGCAGCGAGCACCAGCUGCUGGUGGGCGAACGCCACGUGGUGGGGAGGAAGGACUGUGGCAUCCUCAUCGGCCACGACCAGUCUAUUAGCCGCGUGCACGCAGUUCUCACGGUCUCGCACGCCGAGCCCAGCCUGGCACGCCCAUCGUGCAGGCCUGCACUCUCCGUCAAGGACAGCUCCAAGUAUGGAACCUUCGUCAAUGGGGAGAAGCUGACUAGCGGCAGCGAGCGGGCCCUCUGUUGUGGCGACCUUCUGAAGUUCGGUGUCUUUGAGAGCAAAUACAGAGUGGCGUACUCCCCGCUCGUCGUGUGCACUUCUUGCCUCGAUGCGGAAUCCAAGCACGUGCUGAGCUCCGCGCUGCUCGUGCUGGGAGGACAUUUCGUCUCCCAAUGGACCAGCGACUGCACCCACUUGGUCAUGACGUCCAUCAAGGUCACCGUGAAGACGAUCUGCGCCCUCAUCACGAGCAUCCCCAUCGUGCAGCCGGCGUUCUUCUCCACGCUCGUCACGGCCAUCAGGAGCCGCUCGCCACAACCCAGCCACAGCAGCUUCUGGCCUCUGGCUGAUGAACCGGGCAUCAACCCGGGCGACCUCGACUUGACCCCCCGGCCUGAGCGGAGGCUCCUGUUCCAGGGGAAAACCUUCCAGUUCCUGCACGCCAAGCAGCACAAGCGGUUGGCGGUACCGAUCGCGCUGGCGGGCGGCGCGGCAUUGUGCCUGUGCUCCCCCGGCCAGCGCGCCGAGCCGCGGCACGGAGAAGGUUUCUGCGUGGUGGAGCCAGAGGCUGGCUGUUCGCAGCCCUCGUCCCAGGUGCUGGCGCAGGACGCGCGAGCGUGGGCUGCCCAAGUCGGCGUACGCCUCCGCAC